UCUCGGAAUAAUUGUAUCAGUAAUAGAAUUAAAAUAAAACUAUUUUUGAAGUGUAAAUAAAAGAGUUGAUGGUGCAUUAAUCAUUAUUCAUUAAAGAAUUAGUGUUGAUAUUAUUAUGGUAAUAUAAAUUGUGUUUUCAACUCCAAAUCAAAAUCUUUAUAUAGAUCCCAUAAGAUGGCUUUUUACUCGUGUAAUCGAUAUAGAUUGUUAGUUUUGAUAAUGUUAGCGCUGAUAAUAUGGCAGUGCUUUCGUUUACUGCCAUCAGAAAAACCCAGCAACCAGUUAUUAGAGAGUAGUAUAGUAGAACUAGAAGAUGAUAAGUACAACAAACAUAAGCAAGAUAAAGUUAAAAUAAGAGUUUACUAUGAAGCACUUUGUCCUGAUUCUAAGCAUUUUUUUAAAAAGCACCUACUGCCUGUCACAGAGAAGCUAUCUGAAUUUAUAGAUGUAACUUUGGUUCCUUACGGGAAAGCUAGUACCAAAGAAGAAAAUGGCCAAUUCUAUUUUAGGUGUCAACAUGGAGAGGAAGAAUGUUACGCAAAUAAAAUACAUGCAUGCACUAUUGAUUCCUUGAACAACAUGACAACCUCCGUUCAGAUGACAGAGUGUAUGAUAUUAGACAAUAUGGAUGCAGAUGAGGCUCUAUCACGGUGUGCAAAAGUUAUGAAAAUUGAUCCAGAUCCGAUUACUAACUGUGCAGUCCACGCACAUGGAUCAGCUUUGCUGAAGAAACAUGGUGAUGACACAAAUAUAUUAAAACCAACAUUUAUUCCUACAAUUACAUUAAACGGAUCAAAAGAUAAUCAAAUACCUAUCUUGAAGAAUUUUCUUUUAGAAGUGUGUAAAUUGAUUAAUAUGCCAUUACCUCCACCAUGCUUGUGACAUUCAAAACAGAAAAUUAAACAUAUUUUACUCUUCAAACCAAAACCUAUUAUGUAAUAAUUAGAAGAAUAUACUUAACUAAAUUUGCUCAGACUUUGGCUCAUUGCUGUAGAUUAUAUUGCGAAAUAAGAACCAGAUACUGUAGUGAUCACAAAAUACCUUUUUAUAUAUAUAUAUAUAUAUUUAAUGCACA